AUGUACAAGUUUGUUGCCACCAACGCCAAUGUGUUCAGCCGGAAACGGAAACACCUGCCACGAGCUUGUGCUACUUGCCGGAAGAAGAAAAAACGGUGCAACCAUGACGUCGGGCAAGAAGACGUGCAAGAUCAACUCUCCUUGAGUCCGAAUUAUGGAGCAGUGAAUGAGGUUCUUGGUGUGUCCCAGCAAUCAUUCCAGCAGCACCUUGAUGGGGGACAAUCGCCACUCAGUGGUUCCAGAACUGCGGCGUCAAUCGAUAAGCAUGCAGUUAUCAACGACUUGACGGCGGAUCAUGCAGAGCAAGGCCCUCCUACCGAAGCUGAAAGUGUGAACGAUGGCCCACCUCUCGAUUCAAGAUUCAUUGGGGACAUGAAUCCCGAGGGAGUUUUCCUGGCUGCAACGAGUCCAGAAAACGUGAGAGGGAUGCCUAAUGGGAGCAAUAUCGGGGUCUGGCUUGCAGCAAAGCUUGGAGAUUCGCCAAAUCUUCCCGAAAAAUUGAAAGCGCCGCCGUCGAGUCUCCUCCACGGAUUUACACCUCGUAUUCAGAGAAUAUUCUUGCCCAUUCUUGAGGAAGAGUGUUUAUCAAUUCUACCUCCUGCUGUACACUUCGACGCAUUGUGCGCCCUUUAUUUCGAAAAAGUCCACCCUAUUCUCCCGAUCGUUGACGAGGCCACGUAUAGAAGCUUCUCCAGCGACAGCCCAGCCCGUAUUCUGCUUGGGCAAGGUAUGUGCUUGGCUGCAUCGAUGGAUUUUUCUUCAAGAAGACACCUGGUCAUAGCAGAUGGUGCUCCGCUAAUGUUCAAGGAAUUCGGGAUUCGCCUACUCGCUGCUAUGAGGGUGGCAGUUGAAAUUGGCAUCGUGCUCGAUAAGAUCAUUCUCACACAAGCGCUCGCGUUGAUGUCGCUCUUCGUCGACGGGCCGGAAGGUAGCGAAAAUUCAUCUCUAAUGAUUGCGCGGGCAGUUCAGUAUGUCUAUUCGCUCGGUCUGCAUGUUCCCGAUCGAGAUGGCGAGACUGAUAUCGAAUAUGCCCGAACUCUGUUUUGCUGCGUCUGGGCUCUUGACCGGCUAAAUGCUGCUUCUCAUGGUCGUGCGGUCGCCAUGCAUGAGAGGGACAUCGCACGGUGUUUUCAAGAGUCAUUCGCAAAGCAGGCUCCAACUUUCAGGCUCUUCUUACAUGUCAUUGAAUUGCUUGAUGGCGUCGUCAAACUAUACCGCCCAAGGGCAACACCAAGCGAGUCGUCAGUCGACUUUGCUCUGUUUGAGGAUCUUAUCACAAGAUGCUCUGCCACCCAAAUUCCUACACACCUGCUAGCAACCAUCGAAGUUCUUUAUCACGCCGUCGCUAUAUUGUCUUUUCGUCCCCGUCCGGGUGACAAUGGUGCCUUCGGUCCUACAGCACCGAGGACUCGGCAGAUCUUGUCAGCGGAGCGGGCUACAGCUAUGGUUGGACACGAGUUUCGCGACCAAUUAGUUUUGCUCCCGUUUGUCCCUUAUGCGGUGUCCUUAUCCCUGAGUGUUAAUUAUCGAGAACUACGACGGAGCAAAAUCCCCAUGUACCGCUCGCGAGCCCGGAAUGCCCUGGAGAUGAAUUGCCGGAUACUGGAGACACUAGGCGAAAUAUUCUGGUCGGCCGCUGUCAUGGCAGACAUGGGGAAUGUGACUCUUAAAGAACUAGACAGAGUCUAUGCGAAUGUUGCAGGAACUGAGCUCCGGAAAAGCCAACGACAUGGGAAUUUCACCGCAAAACAAGGCAAUAAUCCCUACUCAGGAUCAAGACCAACAUAUGGUGUCUUAGACGCCAAUUCAACCGUUUUCCAGGAUCCAGGAUUCUCCUACUUCAGCGAAAUGCCAGAGCUGGAUCCGUUUGAGAUGUUUGAUCCAGAAUUCGACUUGGACGUCAUCGACGCAUGUCUGGAAGGCAACCUUGACCUCUCCUUUCCCACAAACCUACAGUGA